AUGGUGAACGGUACCAGGGCUACUUCUGCCGAUCAAAUGAACGUGAUAUUGGUGUCGUUAGAUAGUGGGGAGCGUGUAGAGGUGACGGAGGCUUUCACCAUCGCCGACUUGCCGAUGCGAGCAGUGGAAUCGAUCGGGAAUUACAACGCGCUGGCGGCACCUGCGAGACUUGUGUUUCGAAAAGCCGACUCUCCCGAAGUCGAUUUUCUAAUAGGGUGUGACGUGCCCGAAGCAUACUGGGUCCUGGACCAGAAACUGGGCGGCAGGAAAGAACCAUAUGCUGCUGGCACCAUGUUCAGGUGA